GCUCUGCCUCCUCUCCGUCGUGUCACUGGAGACACACACAAAAAAAGAGAAGAGGAAGGAAUAUGGUUUCAUGUGACGCUCCUCCCGUUUCAGCGCGGCUCUAGCGGAUCUGUGGAGCAGGAGGCUGGAGCUCGGUCCGGCACGAACCCUCCUCUGUACCUGGAUCCAGCGACCCUGCCCCCCCACCCCGUCCUGCAGGAGCAGCCGCCGCACACCGGGACACAUCAAUGGUGGAGGCCGUGGUGGAGUUCGACUAUGAGGCUCAGCAGGACGACGAGUUGGGCCUGACGGUGGGUGACAUCAUCGUGAACAUACGGCGGGACGAUGGCGGAUGGUGGGAGGGAGAGCUGGGCGGACGCAGGGGGCUGUUCCCGGACAACUUUGUUAGGGAGAUAAAGAAAGAGGCGAAGAGGGAUGGAGGACAGGCUGGCAUGAUCAGGUCUGACCUGGCGAACGGCCGGGCCAGCCCCGUGUCCGACCCCGGCGUGCGGCCCGGCAGGAAAGGAGAGCAAAUCCGUAAGCGGAGGUGUAAAGCUGCGUUCAGCUACGUUCCUCAGCACGAGGACGAGCUGGAGUUGAAAAUCGGAGACGUCAUUGACAUCAUAACAGAGGUGGAGGAGGGAUGGUGGGAGGGGCAUCUUCGCGGAAAGACUGGGAUGUUUCCCUCCAAUUUCACCAGAGUGGUGCAGGCGGAGUCCGACACAGACACGCCCACCUCGCAGGAGGAUCUCCGCAGCGGUCGCUCGAGUAAAGACAGUCCAGGCAGUGAAAGUGACGGAGGAGACAGUCGGUCGGAAACAGGGUCGGGAGAAAUCGUGCCAAAGAAGGUCCGAGGGUUUGGAUUCGGUGACAUCUUCAAAGACCAGCCCAUCAAGCUCAGACCUCGCUCCAUGGACAUCGACUCGGAGGGCGACAAGGUCAUCGAGGGGAAAGCAGCGAGUGUCGCCCCUGAAACCAUGAAGACAGAACCUGACAACAAAACUAAAGGGCGGGAGCAGUGUAAAGUUCUCUUCCCGUACGAAGGACAAAAUGAAGACGAGCUGUCGAUCAAAGAGGGAGAGAUUGUCAACAUCAUCACCAAGGAGUGUGCGGAUGCAGGCUGGUGGAUGGGGGAGAUCGGGGGGAGGCAGGGCGUCUUCCCGGACAACUUUGUGAAGCUGCUCGAGUUGGAGAAGGAGAGACCCAGGAAGCCGCCGCCCCCCAGCGCACCUUCAGCCAAAAACACCUCAGAGAAAAAGCUGGAGGUCAGGAAGGUUCCUCCUGAGCGUCCAGAGCAUCUGCCCCAGAGAGACCAGGGGCGAGGUGAAGAGGUGAAGGUCGGAGACAUCCCCAAGCCCUCCCUCCCAUCUCACCUUCCCAAGAAACCCCUCCCCCCAAAGACAAGCUCCUCCUCUUCCUCCCUACCCCCGCGGCGUCCUGAGCGACCCCCUCCUGUAGCGUGUGAAAGCCCCAAGUCAGAGGGCGGGGCUUCGCCACCAGAUUCUGCCCCUGACAGGUCACAUGAGACCGAUGUGGACCUGGACGCGGUGCUUCCAUCUGCGGAGAAGCUGAGUCAUCCCACGGUGACGCGACCGAGAGUGACGGACCGCCGGCCUCGAUCCCAGAUCAUCUCAGCUUCUUCUCUGUCCAGUAUCGACCUGGACCCCCCCGCAGCGGAGGACAGGAAGGAGAGGGAGAGAGGGAAGGCCGAGCCGGAGGCUGUUCCCGUCCGAUCUGUGGACGUAAUCCUGAGAAAAGGAAUUCCCCCCGUCCCCACCCCUGACGGUAAAGCACCACUGCACCCCAAGCCCUCUGUCCUGGCCCCCCCGAGCACCGCCCUGCGCCCCAUCUCCCCGUCUUCCUCCUCGGGACUGAGCCCCUCCCCCGAGCUGCGGCACUCGCCCCUGACCCCCCCGACGGUGGAGGAGCUCAGGAACCAGCUCAGAGACCUGAGGACCUCCGUAGAACUGCUGAAGAGCCAGCACAGGCAAGAGAUGAAGCAGUUGUCCAGUGCGCUGGACGAGGAGAAGAAGAUUCGUCUCAGUUUACAGAUGGAGGUAGAGCACAUAAAGAAGAACCUGUUGAAAUAACGACCGAAGCCUCCCUCCGAUCCGAUCUCCACGUCGGAGGCCUCGAGUUCCAAAAGAUCUUUUCACCGCUGGUCGAGACACUUUGGCCGAGAAAACGUUUGUGCCAACCGAUCAUCACUAUCACCAUCAGCAACCAAUCAGCACCAUGGAAUCAGCCGCCUCCCUCCUCCACACGCCUUAUCCUGCGUUUACGUCUUUUAUUUUUUAUUUUUUUUAAAAAGGCUUCUCUGUCUGGUUUACCGUUAUCCUCGUCAGAGCUCGCUGUGCCACCGGUACGGACUGACGGACCUCGCCUGGUACUUUUUGUUUUCUGCGAGCGAAGGAAAGUCGGGACUGGACACCCGGAGCCCGGAGGUGCAGACGACCCCCCCGAGCCGUCCUGUCUCCACUCUGUGGCCUUUGCCUCGUGUGUGUGUGUGUGUGUGUGUGUGUCUCUCUUUUGUUGUUUUCCAACCCGUGUGAGAACAGCUAGGUGACGUCAUGUGACCUCAACAGCCUGGUUAACGUUUUCUGAUUUCAGGGUGAAUCCCAAAUUGAAGCACAUCGUUUAGCAUCAGUAUUAAACACAAACACUUUCUGCACAUUGUGUGUUUGAUGCUUCUGUUGUACACUGCAGGCAGGUCACUGUGAAGCAUCGCACAUCGACAACACAGGCGUUCCUUCUCUUCCCAUUUAGUGUCAUAAUAAACAUCGAGUUUGAAACUACAAGCAUGAAUCAAAUAAGUACAACACGAAAAGUACUGACGCUGUAGGUGCUAUUUUAAUGAGUAGUUUGUCAUUCUGGGGGAAAAUACUUUUGUACUUUCUCGGAGCACAGUGAAAAAAGAAAACUGAUUCCACUUUAUUGUCUGGAAAAAUGAAGGAAACAGCUUGAUUCUAUCCAAACGAGACCACAGCCGACUACGUCUCCUCCAAAACUCAACUUGUUCAACUGAGUAUGAAAAUGUCCGUUUGAGGUUUUACGGUGAAGCCAACUUUUCCUGUGACUUACUUCUUCGGACGACUUUUGGGAAUUGAGAUAAUAAAGUUUGUCAGAAACAAAUUAACUUCCCAAGAAAAACAAGACGCUUCCAGCCACAGAAUCUUGUCCCUCCGCCUCAGAUUCUGUAAAAUUCACGUGAACCAAAUUACAAGAACUUGUCCUGUGCAUUUCACCUUGUAAAUCCUCAAACUCUUACUUUUAUACUUAAAAAUAUACUUUAUAUAUAUAUAAAAGAAAAGCAGAUGACAAGGUUUUAUUACAUGACUGAGCCCGACUUCAAAUUUAGAUUCAAGAAAAGCACACGUCACUCUACACGAACAUGCUGAUCUAUGUUUUUCAACUCAAGAGUGUCACCUGGACCAAAACUAUUAUUAAAAAUCCUUUUUGCUUUGUUUUGCUUUUGCCCUUUUUCUAUUAUAAAAACAUCUGAGCCGAUCACAUCUCGUCCCACGACUCAGACCUGGAGCCUCCUGAUGUUCAACAGCAGCCGGAGAUUAAAGUUAAGAACAGUGUUUCAGGAAAUGUGGUGAAAAGUCCUCACAGGUCAAGGAAGAUGGACACGUGUGUGUGUGUGUGUUAACAUGUGUGUGUACGACUGUUUGCCUCCCGUUCAUAUGUGUACGUGCACAAAGUCUAUGGCAACCCGUCACUGUGGCCUUCCUGCUUAACUCCAAAUCUUUAUUUCUCUCUUUCUCUCUUUCUCUCUUUCUCUCUUUCUUUCUUUCUUUCUUUCUUUCUUUCUUUCUGUCAUACGACAACGAGAAAACUGCUACAACUGAGGCUACAAGUUGUUUUCUUGACUUGGUCCUGUUUCUCCAAGAUAGUGAUAAAUAUAUAUACUUUUAUAUUUCAGUGUAAUAAAGAUGCUAUUAUGUACUGUA